CUUCUUGCCACACUUGUACGUCGGCGCUCCCGCGCUGCAAAAACGCGAGCUGCGAAGUUUCAAACUCUCGCCCAAGUCGGAAGUUUGCACGCGAGUUUGCACCGCCACUUGACGCAGUAAACGUCGAGCGGCUGGCUCGCGCAGUCCUGCGAACUAUUUGUUCACGCGUCAUUCCAGUUUUCACGCUCUCGAAAUAUAUAGCGAGAUGAACAUGUUCUAAAACAAGAUAAUUGUUUUUGUGGCAACAUUUUUAAGGAAAGUGUGCGCUUUGAACCUUGUGUAAAAUUUGUUGUUCGUGCAUAUCACUGUUUGCGACGUUAAAACAACAAGUCAAGGACAGUGUUUUAAUUAUUCAUAUUGUUUAUAAAUAGAGAGCGGCCAGAAUGGGUUUCACUCGGUGAGGAGCACUUGGCACAGCACGACACUAGAACGAUGCGGCCUUCGUCACCAUUAGUAAUUGCUUGACUAAUUGCCGCAUUGAAGUGAAUUUAGCGAAUGCGCGAAGAUGCCGGGUGGACACGCACAUGCACACACCAACGGCCAUCUGCUGCACGGAGGCGGCGUCCAGCACACGCAGCACCACCAGAGCAAUGGGUAUGCCCAUCAGAACGGGCACACACCGCACUACAUCCAGAACGGGCAUGCGAAGGCCGCCAAUGGACACAUCAAAAGUCCUGUCAACGGACGCACAUGGAUGAACGGCCACGCGAAUAAGGCGGAAGACAAACAAUCAACCUUAUCAAGAUAUUGCACGACGGAGAGACAACGUAACCAGCAGAAUAACUACCAGGCGGUGAAGCGAGCAUGUCGCGAGCGCGGUGCGCUUUUCGACGAUCCGGAUUUCACGCCUGGGCCGCGCGCACUCUACCACCAUAAGAAACCGCCCCUGAAUCCUAUCGUCUGGAUGCGACCUCACGAAAUGUGCCAAAGACCGAAAUUCAUCAGCGAAAACCCAAACGAUUUACUGCGGUUUGCGGUGGAGAGUGGUGAGCUGGGCGACCAGUGGUUGCUGGCAGCGGUGGCGUCAUUAGCUCUUACACCACGUUUUCUCGACAGGGUCGUGCCACCCGACCAGGGAUUUGACAACACCAGCGGAUACUGCGGGGUGUUUAGGUUUAGAUUUUGGCAUUUUGGUGAAUGGCGAGAUAUUUUGGUGGAUGACCGAUUACCGACUUUCAAAGGACGUUUAGUCCACUUGCAUUGCUCUAACACCACCGAAUUCUGGGCGGCUUUAUUGGAAAAAGCAUACGCCAAAUUUUACGGUUGUUAUGAAAAUUUGACGCAUGGUUCGACUACGCGUGCUCUUCAAGAUCUAACAGGUGGCAUUGUCCAGAGCUUUGGACUUACGCACCAAGAUAGAUUCCUUACGUUCCAGGUGCUCAAUAGCGCAGUGCCGCGUUCUAGUCUGCUAAUCGCCACGAUAGCCGCGGAGAAAGAUAAUAAGCGUCAACUGCGAUUACGCAAUGGUUUGAUAACGCAACACGCAUACAGCGUCACGGGGUUGGCACGAGUACGCGGCGCCGGAGGUGAGACGCCAUUGGUUCGGUUACGAAAUCCAUGGGCACGGGGCGAAUGGACUGGCCCCUGGAGCGAACGGUCCUGGGAAUGGGAUGGUCUUUCUACUAGGGACAAGGAACUUCUCAGCGUGCGCGUCACAAACGAUGGCGAAUUUUGGAUGUCUUUCGACGAUUUUGCACGACAUUUUACCCAGUUGGACCUAGUCCAUGUGGGGCCAGAUGACUGGAUGAUGGAGGCGGCAUUACAUUCCAAGCAACCAUGGAGAGCGGUGCUGGCGAGACGGCGAUGGCGUGGCGGAUAUAAUGCCGGCGGUGGGCCGAACUACGUCGAGACUACCGCGAUGAAUCCGCAAUUUCACGUGCAGAUACCGCGCACAUCCAGCAACAAGUGCCACGUGGUUGUCUCCGUGACACAGCAUUACGAGACAAAUCCGGCGGACAUUAAAAAAAAGAAACCACUUUUUGCGAUUGGGUUUGCUGUAUAUGAAGUCCCGCAUUCUAUGCAGCGGUUAACACCGCACUUUGUGGCCGAGCAAAAGCCUUUAGACGUAACAAAUCAUUCCAUUGCCAGGGAGGUUGUGACAUUUUUUACUCUUCCUCCCGGAGAUUAUAUUGUCGUGCCACAGACAAACAUUCCCAAUCUCGAUGGCAAGUUUCUGCUACGGAUAUUUACCGACGAACAAAGCAAUAUUUGGGAGGUGAAUGAAGACAACAUGGUCAUUAGAAAUAUUUACGCAGAGUUUCAGGAAGAAAGUCACUUGCUGGCCGAGAAUAAGACAAUCUUUCCGAAACUGCUUCUGAAAUAUCCACCGGAAGUUGAUGCUAGUCAAUUACAGAAAAUACUCAAAGCACAUUGGAAGAAUUACUUAUCCGAAAAGCCAACUCUGGAGUUGUGCAAGAGUUUGAUAAUGUUGAGGGAUUACAACAUCAGUGGAAGAAUGAAUCUUCUGGAUAUUCCAGUUUUGAUGCAAAUGUUACAGUUUUGGAGGUUGGCCUUGCAAAAAUUUGACCGUGGUCACAAUACUGGAAAAACCUCCUCUUAUAACCUGCGUGCUCUGCUGUGGGAGGCUGGUUGCACGGUUAGCAAUAAAGUUUUGGAAUGUCUCGUCUUACGAUUCGCCAAAAACCGCGUAUUGACAACCGAAAACUACAUCAUGGCAAUGGUACGACUACAUUUAGCACACGAGCGAUAUCAUAGCCUGGACACAAAGAUGAAAAGUAAUCCAAUAUCCUUAGAAGAAAUAAUCCUGAUGACCAUUUAUUCGUAAUCGAAUCAAGGGAGAAACUAAUAUCAAUUAAAUAUAUACAGUAUAAGAGAGCAACCAAAGAAUUAUUUAAAAUGUUUGAAAUUUAUGUGAAUGAUUUUAAACGUACAUUCCUUAGUGAGCAGCUUUAUUAUUAUAUUAUCAUAUAUUAUAUUAUCUUGAAAAUUUCUGCAAAAUAGUCAUAAAUCUCAAAAUUGUUUAUUUUUUCAAUUAUAAUUGCUUGCAUAUUACAACUGCUACUGCAAGCCAUUUUAAUUGUUUCGUUUGUCUUCACAGCAAUUAACUUGCACAUUAAAAACUAAUAUUUAUGAGGCAUCUUUUAAUACCAAAGAUAUUCGCAAGAAGGGAGACAGUUCUCGGAACUGAACAAAUUCUCGCAAAAUGCUAUAAAACUAACGUGAGUAUGACGUAAGUAGCGCCUGCCAAGAGUAAAUCGGAUAACGUUGCCAUUUAAUUGCUUUUUUCAAGCAUUGCGCCCACUACAUCAAAUUUUGAAGCUUUAGAAAUUUAUGACCACGUAGCGUGUGGAGCUUUUUCUGUCGAUACGGUUAAUCAACUUGUAUACGAGACGAAAAUAAUCAAAUGUUAAUUGCCUGGUAAGUGUUUUUUAAAUUUCGACUCUUUGAUGCGCUAGUUUUGCGUUUCACUUCAACACUACAGAGACGCCGAGGUUGUUGUCGUCGUCUAUCUAAUUGAUUUGAGUUAAGAAACUUCGAAGCAUAUAAAGCAGGUAUAUAUUUAUAUAAAAAAUUAUGACAAUUUGCGUCACACGCAUUUCGGACAUUUCGUUUUGUCAUGAUUCAUAUUAACGUCGUGGCAUUGUUUGCGUUUUUUGUUAUAAACUAAUUGCGGGAACCGUUGCACAACCAAAGUCCAAUAAUACACGUUUUCUCUAAACCACACUGUGGCACCUAGAGAUUUGAAUUGAGACUGUUACUGUUACUUGGGUAAACUUCAUGAUAACUUAUACUUUAUUUAAAUGAAAGUUAAUAGAUUUUAUGCAAUUAUUUGAAAUUAAAACGUGCAUGCAGCUUCACUGCAAUGUGACAUCAGAAGACAAAUAAAAAACCAAUCAAAUUUUGUUUAAAUUUUAUAAGUUACCUAGAGAUUUCCAUACAGCAAGUGUAAUUUAUUGAUAUACCUUCAGGAUCAACCGUGCUAGCCAUGAAUACUCGAUGUAGACGCUACGGAAUACGUGACAUUCCUAGUUUUGACAUUCUUUGCACUUUUUAUCUAUUUGUAACUGCAAAUAUUCGAAGACCUGUUUUCCUUGACGUAUGAAAAGUAUUAAAUAUAGAAUUGCAAUAUGCAGUAGUUUGUUUAGACAAAAUACUUGCACUUUUUAUAAGAAUAACAAAAUCAAUUGUUUACUUGCAAUGCGUUUAAUAUUAUUCCGAUGGUACUGAGGCGGUGAGCGUUUCUGAAAGUGUACGUGUUCUUGUUUAAAUAAUGUUAUGAAAGCAAAUAAGUAUUUACUAAUUAUUGAAUUUACAUUUUAAAGUUAUUGUUUAUAGUAACAUAACGCUUCAAACAAAUCAAUAUUUUAAACUGAAUUAAGCAUUGUGAAAUACAUUAUUUAUUGUAUUAUGUAUCAAGUUGUUUAUAUGUAUGAAUAGUGAAUGGUAGGUGAACUCGAUAUUUUUUGUAAAAUGUACGUUGAUAUAUUUAUAAAUGCUCCUUUUUGGCAGAAAUUAAAGUAGACUGAAAUUA